GGGAGAGAGGACACUGGCAGUAGCCCAGCCUGUGUGAAAGUAAAGCGCUUGUUUUGGAUAUUACUGACACUGCAGGAAAAACACAAACUCUCUGCGCCCGAGCAUGACUCCAGCAGCAUCCCUGGAUUAAUCGCGCUUGCAGCCGACUUGCAAAGCGCAAGUUCGCUGGCACUUUGUCGGACUAAUCGCGCACAGAAAACAACGAUGGAGAGGAGCAUCCCGGGAUGGUGCGUGCUGCUCGCCCUCGUCCUGCGCGGAUGCAUGGCGGCCAAGGAGCUCCAGUGCCAGGAGAUCUCCGUGCCUCUGUGCAAAGGAAUCGGCUACAAUUACACCUACAUGCCCAACCAGUUCAACCACGAUACGCAGGACGAAGCUGGCCUGGAGGUGCACCAGUUUUGGCCGCUGGUGGAGAUAAAGUGCUCCCCGGACUUGCGCUUCUUUCUCUGCAGCAUGUACACACCGAUCUGUCUGGAAGACUACAAGAAGCCGCUACCGCCGUGCAGGAGCGUGUGCGAGCGGGCCAAAGCUGGCUGCGCGCCGCUUAUGAGGCAGUACGGAUUCCCGUGGCCAGACAGGAUGAGAUGCGACCUGCUGCCCGAGCAAGGCAACCAGGACACGCUGUGCAUGGACUACAACCGCAGCCAGACCACCACUGCUUCUCCUGUUGUGGCGAAACCAACUAACCGACCACUGAAGCCGUACAAUCCGAGGAAGAAAAGCGGCUUCGGUCGCGGCAUCCCCGGGAAACACAAACCAGCAGCGUCCCCGUGUGAGCCUGGAUGCUUCUGCCGUGCGCCCAUGGUGCCAGUGACCAGCGACGGACACCCGCUGCACAACCGCGUCAAAACGGGACAGAUCUUAAACUGCGCUAUGCCGUGCCACAACCCCUACUUCACCCAGGAGGAGAGGACUUUCACCGCGUUCUGGAUCGGCCUGUGGUCCGUCCUGUGCUUCAUCUCCACUUUCGCAACCGUGGCGACUUUUUUAAUUGACAUGGAGAGGUUUAAGUACCCAGAGCGCCCCAUCAUAUUCCUCUCUGCCUGCUACAUGUUCGUGUCCAUCGGAUACAUCGUCAGACUGAUCGCCGGACACGAGGAGGUGGCUUGCAACAGGGAAAACGGCGCAGAACACAUCCACUACGAAACCACAGGUCCUGCGCUCUGCACCAUCGUCUUCCUGCUCAUUUACUUCUUCGGCAUGGCCAGCUCAAUCUGGUGGGUGAUUCUGUCCCUCACUUGGUUUCUCGCUGCUGGCAUGAAGUGGGGGAAUGAGGCGAUCGCCAGUUACGCACAGUACUUUCACUUGGCCGCCUGGCUCAUCCCCAGCAUGAAAUCCAUCGCAGUUUUGGCUCUGAGCUCAGUGGACGGAGACUCUGUAGCUGGGAUUUGCUACGUGGGUAACCAGAAUUUGGAUAACCUGCGGGGGUUUGUGUUGGCACCGCUGGUGAUCUACCUGUUCAUCGGCACCAUGUUUCUGCUCGCCGGGUUCGUGUCGCUGUUCCGGAUCAGGAGUGUAAUCAAGCAAGGGGGUACCAAGACUGACAAACUGGAGAGGCUGAUGAUCCGGAUAGGAGUUUUCACAGUUUUAUACACGGUCCCAGCCACUGUCAUAGUGGCGUGUUACUUUUACGAGCAGCAUAACAGACAGACGUGGGAAAUUACGCACAACUGUACAUGCAUGACAGACCCGAACAGGCAGAGACCGGACUAUGCAGUGUUCAUGUUAAAAUACUUUAUGUGCCUCCUGGUAGGCAUCACUUCAGGAGCCUGGAUCUGGUCCGGGAAAACCUUGGACACCUGGAGGACUUUUUGCACGCGCUGCUGCUGGGGGAGUAAAGCCUCCGCGGGCUCCAUGUACAGUGACGUGAGCACGGGACUCACUUGGAGGUCCGGGACGGCCAGCUCUGUCUCCUGCCCCAAACAGAUGCCACUGUCCCGGGUUUGA